UGGUGAGACUUGUGGUCUCCGGGAAUAAGUUUGAUCGAAGCAAAGCAGAGCUAUGGAAAAGCGAAUUGAUAUAUCACAGGAAGACUGUUCGCCCGGACUGUUAGUUUUAAGUUAUUAUAUAUAGCGUUGAAUUACAUGUGUAUGUUGCACACAUGACUGAAACUUACAUAAAAACCAACCGUGCAGCUCAACCCGGAAGUCGGUCUUUGGUGCAAAAACCGCAGCGGGCAAAGGUCAUAUUCUGCACAUGCGCGUAGUCGUUUCCAGUUAACCAAAAUGGCCGAACGCGUGGCGGUAAAUUUGGCUUCCAGUCUCUGGAAAAAUUACAAAGACCUGAGAAGCACUGUAGAAGCAGCCAUUGAACACAAGCAGUUAGAAGCGUUUCAUGAUUUAGAAGUCUCUUUGAAGAAAUACAAACCAGACUUUAUAUCUCUCCUCAAAAAUCCAGCCAAAAAUGCACAACAUUGCGAUCAGAUUCGGAAAGGUCCAACUGAAGGUAUCACCAUGGAAGGACAAAAUGCACCAUUUAUUAUCCCUGCCAGUCUUGUGGAUGAAACUCUUGUAUUUAGUAAUUUAUUUGAUAUCAAUGAAUUCACAGCAUUGGAGUUCUUAUUAACAGGUGAGCAGCAACAGUCUCAGUUUCCUGGAUUGCCACGUGGACUUGUUGCAGUUCUACUUUACUACGACACAAAAAACAGCUUGGUGCACUCAUUACGAACUCUAAUCCAAGCUCGUGAGGGCAAAACAUGGACGCUGGGUCUGCCGGAGGAUCUUAUGAUCAUGGUAACCAAGUUUACGGAUCAAUUGAUUGAAGAAGGGCUCUUAAAUAAAGUCCUAGGUUUGUUGCAAAGUUUCGAUGAAACAAAAGAAGUUGACAAACUGCAGAGAGAGAGAGCUCUUGGAAACUCAAAACACCGAAAACAGGUGUUUGACUUGAUAAAAGAGAUCCGUACAGGUUUAUCAGACUGUCUAUUCUGCAUGGCAUGCCAAUCAAGACUAAAUAAUACUGACACAGUACAACUAGUGAAUUAUUUUGAGAAAUGCUCUCCAUUGAAGUCUGAUGGUUGUAUCGAUGAUGUGCAUCUAGGUUUGGUCAUGACUUUUAUGUACGCCAUGGAUGUCAGCAUAUUGGAACAGGCAAUAGAAGAUAAAGAAGAUAUUGCUAAUCAGUUGCCCAUUUUAGCUGACAGUUCCUACGUACCCGAUGUACACAAUUUGUUAUUUUCGGAGGAUGAGUGGAGCACUCCAGGAUUGAAGGCUGUUCUACAGUUCGUCUGGGGUGUGGCUUUACGAAACAUUGCCCAACAACCAGGUUCACAAGACAUUCAAGAUUACAUUGAAGAAGAUGAAGCUGUCAUUGAUGUAGCUCUGUCGAGUGGGGUUUUCCAGUUCAUGAAGAAUUCAAUAAUAGCAUCCAAGACAUUCCACAAUGAGGAAUUUUAUGUCAGAUGUCUCCAUGCAUUAGUGACAGAUUUUAUUAUUCAGAUGCCAUUGAAGGUAAAAGAGCUUCGUAACCGUGGUGAUGAAGCAGCACGUAUUGUCCUGACUCAUACUAUGGAGGGCUUGGAAUCACCGGCCAAUCUUAGAAGAGAUUUUGAACAUUUUAUGUUGUUGCUGGGUGAGUUGUAUGGUAAAGAUCCAUUAAAACUACAACUGCCAUUUGAAUACUGGUGUCCAGGGGAGAGUAGUGUUAGUCCUAUUGCUGGGUUUGCAGGUCAUUAUCAUCACAGACCACCACACAGACAAGUCAGUUUAUACAAGUUUGUACGCAUUGCUGGUGAUUUGUUGCCACCAUCGUUGUAUGUGCCGUAUAUCAAAAUGUUAACAGGUUUGGCCAAUGGACCACAAUGUGCACAUCAUUGCUUCAAUUUACUAAAAGCCAAUGGAAUUAGUGCAGGUGGUAACAUCAGCUCUGUAUCCUGGGAUCAUUUCUUUAUGUCAAUAAACCAAUAUUAUACAAAUUUACGCCACGAGAUACCAAGCCUUCAUGAUACACAUAUAUAUAGACACACCGCAUCACGUGGUAUCACACCGCAAGAAUUGGAUGGACUGAUGACUGUUUUAAAGUUAAUGCAGCAGAUAGCAAGGCAGGAUGAUGCUGCCCGGAUAGCUCUGUGUGAAAACCAGUCUUGGCUACCUAUUGUGUUGUUAUUUGGUUUACUGAGCUGUAGUGUACCACCUAUAUUGAAAGGUGAAUUGCUUCAUACACUGGCUGCCUUGGGUAAAUCACCAGAAGUAGCUGCAACGCUGUGGCAGUCUUUAGAAGUGUCACAGAUAUUGCCGACGGUAUCAUCAGCAACAGCAAGUGGUAUACAGGUAGAACUGGAUGAAGUGGAAGCUCGCAAUGAAGAGUUUCCGAUGUUAUUGGGAUUCCUGGAUUUCAUGAACACUCUGACAGACAUUCCAGUGCCAGCUUCGCUUGGUGCUGGAUUUAGAGCACCAGGAUUUGAUCCAUAUUUAGACUUCCUGCGUGAUGUUGUUUUCCUGAAGUUCAACACGCGUGCAUAUAGGAACCCUGCAGACAAGUGGCAAGUGGCAGCAGAUGUGCUUGAAAUUUUAUUAAAGUUGUUACGAGAUUACCGACCACAGGCUGAAGACUUUAUCGAUCAGCAAGUUGAGAUACAGGGUGGUGGAAUGGUGCUGACCAACAAACCACCGGGGUAUAAUCUUCUAAUUCAUAUGUUGAAUGAUAGUCCGUUGUUGAAACUGAUUUUAUUCGUAGUGCAUGAAGCUACAAGACUGCUUGACCAGUAUACAGAGUUCCCUGGUAAAAGUAGUCUUCAGAAAGCCACUCUACUCUGCUUAAAAAUGAUAGAAAUAACACUGGAGAAGCAAGAGAUAUUUAUGGAUCUUCUUCGCGAGUUUAACUCCAGUAUCUUGGUGGCAUCCAUGGAUAAAUUAUUAAUGGGGAUAAAUACAAGGACUGGAAAGGCGGAUCAUCUUGUUAAUAUUGCUAAAUAUGUGACUUACAAUAGUUUUAAUCCUGAGUUGACAUUAUCAAGCAUCAAGAUCUUAUACUGGGUGACUCAGUCUUCUGUAUAUCAACCAGCAUUAGUUGGUAUGCUGACAGCCAAUAAGGUUGUCGCUGGUGAUAUACUACAUGGUUUUGUUGAGUGUCUAGAAAUAGAAGAUCUCGAGGAAGUUUCCUGUGAUACGUCAGAUGAUACAGAUGAAAAUGAAUUGAGUUCUGGUGAUGUGAGAAAUGCAGCACGACAACAUAUCAUGCAUGUUAUACUGUACUCGCUGGACCAUCCCGCUCCAAAUUUGGCUCAUUUCCUACUUGGAUACGAACUCACUAAACCAGUCUGCACGUCCAAUCUUCAAGAACCAGGUGUUUUAGGUUCUCCACGGAGCUGCCUGCAUGCUGUAUUAUCCCUAGUUAACAGAGGUGUGGAAAGUCGUACUGGUCCGACAUGUGUUUACAAUACUCCAAGAUUUGCUGAGUUGGCGUACAAGCUGAUCUAUGCUCUGUGUGUGAAUAAGGACACUAGUAAUCCAACAAUGCGAUUUCUGAGAGCUACUCAUGAUUUCUUUCUUGCUCAUUUACAACAUCUUCCGUUCAGACCAAAAGGUGAGCUCACUAUCCUUAAUCAACAGUCAUGGUUACUAAAAUCAGUUGCCAUGGAGAUAAAGAUGACAGCAGCCAAUCGACAGCGUUCACACACUCAGAGGCUGCUACGAAUGUUACUGGAGGACACACAGACGGUCUCUAAGGAAAUAGGAGGCAAAUUGGAAACAAGUGUUGAUGGUGAUGGUAUGUUUGGAAUGGAUUCUCAUUUACUAGACAGCACUACUAUAUCACAUGCAAGACAAGCUGUUACAGGGAUGCAAGUACGCCGGAAGAUUCUAUGCAUUCUUGACACAAUCGACUUGGAACAAGACGCUCCUCUUCCACUAAGAUUAGACUUUUUAAAUCCUGGAACAGUGGAGCGGGUCAUUUCAACGUUUGAUGAGAAAAAUGAAUACGGUGUUACCGUGUGUAAUAUAAAAUUACUACAUGAAUAUCUGGUACAGGAAUUGAAUACAUUACAAGGUUCUGCCGCUGCUGGACAAAGACCACUCAUACAACAGGAAAUUGAGCGUGUUCUGAAGAAUGUUGUAGCCAGGAACUCAGUUCGGCAACAUCUGGCAUCAAAGAAACAUAGUUUUGAAUCCUGGAGACAUGUGACUGAAGUGAUGUUAACAGCGUGCCCAUUAGAUGUACUGAAACCAGACACAAGACGCGAUGUGAUUGUGGAGUUGUUACAAGAUCUCCUAAGAAAAGUAUCCAAUCCUGAUGCCAGACAGGAACUGGUUGCACCAAUAGCAGGUGUCAUAUUAACAUUAAUGGUGAAUUUACGUCAAAGCAUCGUUCAUGAUCACACUGACACUGGUGCCACAGAGUACAUCUCAAUGUUAGAAACAUCAAAUGUUUCUACCUUGGCUAGUCAGAGUGCUAUCAUGGGAUCAGCCACCAGCCUUACAGCGUCUCCAUUGGUUGUUGUACUCAGAGGACUCAUUGAGUUUAUCAUGCAGUCAAGUGGUGGACAGCAAAGAGUGAGGACCAAUCUCUAUGGAGCACUUUUGAAUUUCUUACAAUUGCCGCAGAAACCCAAAGAGAUGCCUGGUGUUGAUGAUGACAGAAGUCCUGUACUGGAUUCUGCACAGCUUACCGAGUAUGAAAAGCAAAUCAAAACCAAUAUUUCUGUUAUUACAAGUUAUGGUGAGAACUUCAUGGAAAUGGUAUGCCGUGAUAGCUGUGAUGGACAUGAUGUGGGUAAAAUGCUGGCUAUAUCAGUACUUGACACCAUUAUAUCUUUUGAUAAACACCAACGUUGGCUGUCCUUCCUGACAUCUAAGGGUUAUCUGCGUCAUAUAAUGGAGUCUAUACUACAGGAUGAUGAGACUUUACAGAAUACAUUGAAACCAUUACCAGAACCGCUCAAGGCACUCUAUAUUUAUGAAUCAAAGAUGAGUUUACUUACAAGAUUGGCAAAGUCUCCUGGUGGAGCUCAAGAACUGUUGCAUUCCGCAGUCAUGAAUAAGUUAUCAAAUUGCAAAUUUUUAAGUUUACGACCAGAACAAGAUAUGUACAGAAUGAGGUCUGUUAGUGGCGAUGCUGACGGCAUGGAGGAUCAUAGUUUUGUUCCAAGUCUUAUGGCAAGAUACAGGCAAUUGUUAUUUCCCGCUUUGAAGUUAGCAAUAGCUAUCAUGACUUCACUGGGCAUUCAGCACCGAGAGGCAGCCAAUCAGGUGUUACAGUUUAUUAUUUCACAUAGUGAUGUAUUCAAUGGUAUCAUGAGAGAUCACCACGUACAAGUCAGUUUACCAGCGUUGCAGGAAUUAGCAUUGACCACUGCUGUUAUAUAUCGUACAGUACCAGGAGGUGAGAACGCAUACCGUGAAGACCAGUCGCAGUUAGAAUAUCAGGGUCAUAUAUCUCGUAUCCAGCGACAAAUGUUAUCGCUGAUACCUCGUUAUUGUUGUUUGGAUCAUUGGACGAAAAAACUCAAAAACGUCGACAGUAGCAUUGCGGCUGACGGCAAAGACAAAAAAGAUGAAAUCAGUGAGGCCCUUUUAGAAAUCUCAUCCAAUGUCAUAGCUUACUCAAGAGCGGUUGUCUCAAUGUCUGGCUUGAGUUCUGAACAAUGUCUUAUUCUAUUCACUGCUAGCUUAGUAGAAGCCAGAUCCAGAGAGUUGCAUACAAUGGAAGAUAUGCAGAUGUUUUCUGUGACUGGUGGACGUCCACCUAGUCUAGGUGUUAUUGUACGUUUUCUUAAACAGUGUACCAGUGUCUUUAUUCCGGCACUGGAAAGUCAUAAACAAUAUAUACGCAAACUACAACACAUAAAUGAGUUGGCACCAGAAGAAUUACGAGAGUUGGCGCUGAGCAUGGGAGUGUCAAACACAGACAAGAUGUCAACUCAUCAACGACAAUCUUUAGCUGCCAGCAGACUCUCUCAGAUAGUACAGCAUAAAGCCAAGCAACUAACACUGUACUAUUAUAUUGUUGAGAAUUCUAUAUUUCUAUUAUGGCGCCACCUAGAGUUCUAUUUUCUCCACUGUCAGCCCAGUGAUUCAUCCAGCGCCAUGUUUUCUAUGCCAACGAUCAAAUCCGGAAAACCACGUCGAUUACAAGGAUAUCCUGGACUGUCUGACAGCGAAUAUGAAGACAGUAGUCUUUAUGAAGGGAUGUCUAAACUGAUAGGAGCAAUGGAAGGAGUCACUCAAGAAGAUUUGGAGCAGCUAAAAGGUGAUGCUAUUGCAUGUCUGAAUGAACCAUUCUUUGAGAAGACACUGAAAGUAGACGAGUGUUAUGGAAAAUCCAGGACUAGAUAUGGAUUUGUACCUGCUGUUGUGCGGAGAAUUCGGCGAUUACUGAAAUUACACAUUGGCUAAUAUAUCAGUAAAGGGGCGGCUAUAAAUCUCUGGGGAUGUACCAUGGCAUUAUGGGACAACAUUGUCAAUGCACGUACAAUAUGUGUCGACCCUGGAAGAACAAAAGUCAUGUGAUCAUCACGGAAUUAAACCAGACUGUAUUAGAGUCACAAAGAAUUAUUAUAAAGUGUUGCACCACUUAGCCCCCUAGUGUUCAUUGUGCCAUUUUUGGAGACAGUGCUCGAACAGUUGACAUUCAGAAUCAAAAGCAUUUAUACUGAAAAUCACUUUUUCGCUAAUUAAUUUGUAGCUGUGCAAAUUUCUUGCAGGUUUUUUUGCAACAGGAGAUCCAUGACUUAAUACUGCGAGAUUGUCUGUGUAUUGACCUAAAUCAUUCUCUCUUAAACAUUGCUAGAAUUUAAUAAAUGUAGUAGACAUGUAAUAUCAAGGAUUUAUAAAAUUAAGGGCAUGCAACUUUGAUAUCUGUGUAUGACGAUAUAUAAUGAAUAUCUGCGUGUUACUCAAGUGACAAAUUCCAGCUCAUAGGAAACUUGGUUCCAACUCUGUUGAUUUUGCAGUGUUAACGUUCGCUAGCUCAUCAGAAUGCUUGAAACCUUAGCCAGUAGCCUCACAGAAUACUUUGAUAUUAUCGAUGCAUUCAAAAGCGUAGUUCAUACAUAAUAUAUGCUUUGCAAAUAUGCAAGGAUAUUAGAAUAAUCAUAUCAAGACGUACACAGACCAAGUUUUUCACAUACUGAGUGCUUUGUCACUAUUGACAAAAUAAAACCCACGUCAUUUUUUUCAACAUUGUUAUCAGAAUUGAAAUCGUGACAACAUAUAUUGAACACUGCUAUUGUCUUGUAUUAACUUAACAAUGUGUUGUGCUGUUAAUAUUUCAAAAAAUGCAUGCAAUAAACUUGAUUGGAGUUCCCUUUA